ACCUUUGAGUAUUUCAGUCAUGUGCUUGAUGUAGAAUAGUUAAAUAACAUGACUUAAGCUAAGUUUUUAAAAAAGGAGAACAACUUUCGAAAUUGUUUGUACAUCAAAAUUGUGCUAGUAUAUAUAUUAUAAGAUCGUACAUAGUAUGGCAAGUACGAAGAGUAAGGAAUGGACGCGUGCCAUAAUGUGCAGACCCAGGGAUAAUCUUACGACCGAGGCAGGGUUACGUGCCCAACAUCAUGUUAUGGUGUCGAGGCUCGACCAGGAGUGCUUACCCGACUCGAUGUCAAUGCUUAUUGGCAUGGAGUACGCGCGCAUAUGGUUAAAGGAUCGGGACCUCUUUCAGAAGAAGCGCAAUGAUUCGAAGGCUAAGUUCAUUCAUAACGACUUCGAUUGGUGGCUCAAGUUGCGGAAGACUAAUAAGUGCUUCUGCACCAUCUGAAAAGCAAAUGUAUUUAUUCACCAAAAAGCUCUAUUCUUAUAACGGUAUUAUCAAAGACACACACCAAUUCAGUGCAAGCUUUUGACUUUUAUGUGUAUUCACAAUAUUUACUUAAGUGGGAGUUGCCAUGGCUCGAAUCAGCUGCAUUUGCUUAAUGCUUAUAAUGUUUGUAUACAUUGAUAAAUUAUUUUCAACUCAAGAUUAUAUACAAAAUCAGCAUUGGAAUAAAAUGUAUUACCAACUGCUCAAAAUA